CCAGCUCCUCCUGUCCUUUCCGUGGGCCCCGCCGCCGCCAUGGCCACCCUGCUCCGCAGCAAGCUGUCCAACGUGGCCACGACCGUGUCCAACAAGUCUCAGGCCAAGGUGAGUGGCAUGUUCGCCAGGAUGGGUUUUCAGGCGGCCACGGACGAAGAGGCGGUGGGAUUCGCGCACUGCGAUGACCUAGACUUUGAGCACCGCCAGGGUCUGCAGAUGGACAUCCUGAAAACCGAGGGCGAGCCCUGCGGGGACGAGGGCGCCGAACCGCCCGUCGAGGGAGACAUCCAUUACCAGCGCGGCGACGGCGCGCCCCUGCCGCCCUCGGGCUCCAAGGACCAGGCCGUGGGGGCUGGUGGCGAGUUCGGGGGCCACGACAAGCCCAAGAUCACGGCGUGGGAAGCGGGCUGGAACGUGACCAACGCUAUCCAGGGUAUGUUCGUGCUGGGCCUGCCCUACGCCAUCCUGCACGGCGGCUACCUGGGGCUGUUCCUCAUCAUCUUCGCCGCCGUGGUGUGCUGCUACACCGGCAAGAUCCUCAUCGCCUGCCUGUACGAGGAGAACGAGGACGGCGAGGUGGUGCGCGUGCGGGACUCGUACGUGGCCAUCGCCAACGCGUGCUGCGCUCCACGCUUCCCCACGCUGGGCGGCCGCGUGGUGAACGUGGCGCAGAUCAUCGAGCUGGUGAUGACUUGCAUCCUGUACGUGGUGGUGAGCGGCAACCUCAUGUACAACAGCUUCCCGGGGCUGCCCGUGUCGCAGAAGUCCUGGUCCAUCAUCGCCACGGCCAUGCUGCUGCCCUGCGCCUUCCUUAAGAACCUCAAGGCCGUUUCCAAAUUCAGCCUGCUGUGCACCUUGGCCCACUUCGUCAUCAACAUCCUGGUCAUCGCCUACUGCCUGUCGCGGGCGCGCGACUGGGCCUGGGAGAAGGUCAAGUUCUACAUCGACGUCAAGAAGUUUCCCAUCUCCAUCGGCAUCAUCGUGUUCAGCUACACGUCGCAGAUCUUCCUGCCUUCGCUGGAGGGCAACAUGCAGCAGCCCAGCGAGUUCCACUGCAUGAUGAACUGGACACACAUCGCCGCCUGCGUGCUCAAAGGCCUCUUCGCGCUCGUCGCCUACCUCACCUGGGCCGACGAGACCAAGGAGGUCAUCACGGACAACCUGCCCGGCUCCAUCCGCGCGGUGGUCAACAUCUUCCUGGUGGCCAAGGCGCUGCUGUCCUACCCGCUGCCCUUCUUCGCCGCCGUCGAGGUGCUGGAGAAGUCGCUCUUCCAGGAAGGCAGCCGCGCCUUCUUCCCCGCCUGCUACGGCGGCGACGGCCGCCUCAAAUCGUGGGGGCUGACGCUGCGCUGCGCGCUGGUGGUCUUCACGCUGCUCAUGGCCAUCUACGUGCCGCACUUCGCGCUGCUCAUGGGCCUCACGGGCAGCCUCACGGGCGCCGGCCUCUGCUUCCUGCUGCCCAGCCUUUUCCACCUGCGCCUGCUCUGGCGCAAGCUGUUGUGGCACCAAGUCUUCUUCGACGUCGCCAUCUUCGUCAUCGGCGGCAUCUGCAGCGUGUCCGGCUUCGUGCACUCGCUCGAGGGCCUCAUCGAGGCCUACGGAACCAACGCGGAGGACUAGGGGGCCAGGGCGAGCUC